CCUUGACCCUGAAGUGAAAGUAGGAAAAUACUUUGUGUAAUAUUGAUUCAAACUCGAUUUUCGCAAUUGAUAUAUGAGCCAUCAAGCGUUUAAAAUGGGGGGAAUGACCAAUGUGCUGCGGACUGUCACACUUCGAUCUGUCACAUUCACAGGAAGGAAUCAGUCCGUAUCGAGACAUUUUCACAAUGUGUCAAAAACCCAGCCCGAAGUCUUAAAACUGCCAGUGUUUCUAUGGACUGUACAGCCCCAGUUACCUCAGUCUGCAAGCCUCCACACAACACAAGCUGUAUGGGGCAAGAAACGAUCUAGUCGUAGGGGCAAAGGCAGUCUGCCCCCUGCAGAAGAAGCAUUCACAUGCUUGGCUUGCGGAUCACCAAAUGUUGAAUUUAGGCAACUUGAUGGGGAUCAAGCCCGGGUCAUAUGCAAUGACUGCCAGCGUGUUUAUGAACGAUAUGAAGACCUCAGCAUUGAAGAGGAACCACUUAGCAGCAUUACUCCUAAAGAGCUGAAGUCAUUCCUGGAUGAGUAUGUGGUGGGUCAGGACCAGGCGAAGAUUGUCUUCUCUACGGGCAUACACAACCACUACAAGCGUGUAAAACACAACACCAGUCUCCUGCCUCCAGAACCCACACAUGAGGUCCUUGAGCCACAGAUGAGCUUCUACCCUAAAAGUUCAAGAGCAUUUGAGGAAGGCACAAUGAAGUCCAUCCUGGAGCAGCAGAUCCAGAGGCUGACAACACAGGGCUACCCCCGGCCCCGCUCUAAACCCAGACUCAGGCCUGUGGAGGAACCCAGACCCCCCAAUGGUGAUGAAGUUGUCAUAGAUAAAACUAACAUCCUUCUCAUAGGACCAACUGGCUCAGGUAAAACAAUGCUGGCAAAGACAAUUGUGAAGAAGCUGCAAGUUCCGUUUGUGAUUUGUGACUGCACGCAGUUCACAGCAGCCGGAUAUGUUGGCAGUGAUGUGGAUUCCAUCAUCACAAAGCUCUACCAGAAUGCUGAUGGUGAUGUCACCAAGUGCGAACAAGGUAUUGUGUUCCUGGACGAGGUAGACAAGCUGGCCAAGGUAAAACAGAACCACAACAAGGACGUUGGUGGGGAGGAGGUGCAGCAGGGCCUCCUCAAGAUCAUUGAGGGAACCAAACUACAGAUAUCAGACAAGCGGGGCAAGCAGGGAGGGGAGAGCGUCUCAGUAGACACCACCAAUAUACUGUUUGUUGCUUCCGGGGCUUUCACUGGGCUGGAGAGACUGGUACAGAAAAGGCUAAGUAAAAAUACUUUGGGUUUUGGACAUCAAGUUGAAGAUCUAGUCACAGAUGUUACACCCAGUUUAGACCUGAGCAGUGGCAGUGAGCUGGACCACCUGCAGGUUGACGAGUGUUUCCGGCUGGCCGAGGACCAGGAUCUGAUAUCAUUUGGGAUGAUUCCAGAAUUUGUUGGACGGUUGCCUUGUGUGUGCCCUUUCCACCACCUCACAGAGGACAUGCUCAUUCAGGUCCUCACACAGCCUAAAGACGCCCUCAUCAAGCAGUACCAAAAACUCUUCUCACUAGAUAACGUGGAAUUAGAAGUUAGGCCAUCAGCAUGCCAAGCACUGGCAAGCAACACCAUUAAAAAGAGGACAGGAGCUCGAGGCCUGCGCUCUGAACUGGACAAGUGUUUAUCACCAAUAAUGUACGAGAUUCCUGGAACAGACAUUAGAAAAGUGAUAAUUGAUGAUGACUUUGUGCUUGGUAAGGGGGAAGCGGUGUUUGGGAGAGAGAGUGACAGCCAUCAGUUGGACUGUGACAGUGAUGUGGAGGUUACAGAUCUGGAGGUCCGCAGCACAAACAACAAAGUUACACACAAACAGCCCAAAAUCACUUCAUUGCAAAAACUUAGACCCUGCACCAGUGGUGAAUAGAAAUAUUUUUAAAAAGCAAAAAAAUGCUGUGAUUUUAUAUAUUUAUUUUAAUUUGUUAUCCUGAAAGAAAACAUACAUGUUUUUAGUAUCUUCACUUUUCACAUCUUCAUUAAAUAACAUGUAAAGUUUUUGUUUUGUUUUUUUGUUCCGGUAACAAAGUUGUUAAAAAAAUCACGACUACUUCUUGUUGUUCAAGUAUUAACAAAAUAUGUAAAAUGACCCAGUUUGUUUAUUAUAUGCAGUUUAUACAGUCGUCUGUUGAGAAUUUUCUGGUUGCCCCAACAGAAUAUUGGGAUUAUGUGUCUGAACUUCAGAUUACCUGGUGUACAAUACAUCACUUGUGCUAGUUUGAAGUGUCAGAAUAUAUUCAUGUAUCAUUUAAGAGAAUAAAUUGUCAUACAGAUAUUGUUUAAAAUGCCAUGUUACAUACAUGAUAUAUGAAAGUUUUAUUUGUACAUACCGGUACACAUUAAACUGCAUUGCCAGUGGUGAAUUGCUCAAGUAAAAAUGAUACAGAAUUUAACCAAGCUUUUCAUCAAACAUUGACAGGCAUUUUAUUUUAAAGAUUCCACUUAAAUUGUUAUUAAAAAAUGAUAAAAAUGAAAUAAAAAAUCCACCAAACAUGG